AUGUCUGUUAGAGCUGCUGCUAAAUUUUUUAAAGUACCCCGUACAACUUUGCAUAGCAGGAUAAAUGGAAAAGUUGAGAUUGGUGCAAAAGCAGGAAGAAAAAGUUUAAUGCCGCUUGAUCUUGAAAAAAAGUUACUCUAUUUUGCAGACAACAGAGCUAGGAUGGGCAUUGGUUUUGGAAAAGAACAAUUCUUGGUAAAUGCUGGCAAGCUUGCCAAAAAAUAUGGAUAUUCUUUUAAGAAUGGCAAACCAUCUAAUAAAUGGUGGCGACUACUUAACAAUCGACAUAACAAAAAAGUAACUCUUCGACAACCAGAAUCAACAGCAUUAGUUCGUCAUCAAUGCAUGAAUCUGAUAAAGGUGGCAAAUUAUUUUACUGCACUUAAAGAAGUCAUUAAAGACUGUCAGCCUGAAGUAAUAUGGAAUGUGGAUGAGACAGGACUGCAGCUAGACUUUAAGGCGCACAAAAUAGUUGCUGCAAAAGGUACAAAAUAUUUACAUAUGAGAACAAGUGGAAAUCGAGAAAUGAUUACUUUAAUUGUUUGUGUGAAUGCAGCAGGAAGAGCCUUACCACCUCAUGUGAUUCCAAAAGGAAAGACAGUAAAAUCCCUUCAAAGUUUUCAAGUUCUAGAUGCCCCUGAAGAAACCAACUGGAGUCCAAGUGAAUCUGGAUGGACUAAACAAGGGAUUGCAAAACUAUGGUUUGAGCUUACAUUUUUAAAAAACAUUGGACCACAACGUCCACAAGUUUUAAUUUUAGAUGGCCACGAUUCCCAUAAUUUCGUAGAGUUAAUAGAUAUGGCCAUACAAAACCGAAUUGAAAUUGUUGAAUUACCUGCUCAUACAAGCAAUUGGCUUCAACCUUGUGAUCGAACUGUAUUUAAGCCAUUCAAAGUUUCAUAUAAUAAAGCAGCCCAGGAUAUGAUGUCUAAUCACCCUGGGGUUAUAAUAAACAAGGCUAAUUUUACAGGACUUUUAACCAAAGCCUGGAAUAAAAGUAUGACAAAAGCUAAUAUUGAAUAUCUGGCUUUAAAUCAUGUGGAAUCUUUCCAUAUAAUCCUUCAAUUAUUCCAGCUGAAGCUUACUUGCCAAACUAUGUGUAUUCAGAAGACAGGUUAA